CGUCCAAUCCCCCCUACACCAAAUCCGCCAAAAUGGAGAACGAGAAGGGAGAGAUCGUCGAUCUCUAUGUGCCCCGCAAGUGCAGCGCCACCAACCGCAUCAUCAAGGCCAACGACCACGCCUCUGUCCAGCUCUCCGUUGGCAAGGUUGACGAGAACGGCCGUUACACCGGCGAGUCCGAGACCUACGCUCUCUGCGGCUUCAUCCGUGCCCGUGGCGAGUCCGACGACUCCUUCAACCGCCUUGCCCAGAAGGACGGCUACCUCAAGAAUGUCUGGUCCGCCAACCGUCAGCGUUAA